GCGCGCCGCCGUGCGCGGGCCAGAGCCGGUGGCGGGGCCCCACUUGCCGGAAGAGGAAGCCGAGGCUCUGAGAUUCCGAGUCAGCCAACGUUCACUGGGCGCCCCCGGAGCGCUGGGUGCUGGCCUCCGGACCUCCACGUCCGUUAUCUUAAUUGAGCCUUGCUGGGGUUGGGAGCCGGGUACUGUCCGGGCUUACAGAUGAGAAACGGAAGCCCACAGAGGCGAAGGGAUUUGCCAAAAGUCCGAUUGUGGCAGAUCGGAUUCGGACUGAGAUUUUCUGGUUUCCCAGCUGGUGUCCUUUCUACUGUCCCACUCUAGGUCGAUUCCCUCCUUGGUCACUGGCCUCUUUUCAUUCUAUUUCACCCAACCGGGGAAGGAUAGGUACUUUCCUUUCUUUUUUCAAACCUUUCCCUUCACGCACUUUUCUUCUAAGUUUUGGCAUCCCCCCCAAACCCCCUUCUCCACAUUCUCUUCUGCACCUCUCCUCUUACUCAUUCUAGCUUUCAAGAUCUUUGCCCACUUUGUGAUAAUGAACCCUCAACUAGCUGUGAACCCUGACGAGUGAAAUAGCUAGGCUUCAACGUGGUUUGGGGUGUUUAAGUGGACAGAUUGGCUCCUGGAUUAAAAACUAAGGAAUGACAUUUGAGUGGAUCCAAAUUCAAGAGUCCUGAAGCUGUUUUCUAACCCAGCAUGCUCUUCUCUGAAUGAAGGGCUUAAUGCGUGGGAAGGUGUCUUGACAUCUUACUCCAUUGUUGCUGUGCUAGCACAGCUUCACCUUUCCCCUCCAUUUACCACUGAGCCGUUCGCACCACAUCUCUCUCCAUCGCCUAUUUGGGCUACGAGAGCGCAGAAUUAAAACUGAUAACAGAGUAACAGGAUUGGAUGGUGAGAAAAGGAAAGACUCCUGUGAGAAGAGAGCAGGAUGAGCAGAGGGAUCUAUGCUUGAAGUUGAGUCACUUGAAAAAGAUCUCUUUGAAUGUGGAAGAGAUCUGAGCAGAUGAAAAUACAAUCAGGAAAAUGCAACAUGGCAGCAGCGAUGGAAACAGAACAGCUGGGUGUUGAGAUCUUUGAAACUGCAGAGUGUGAGGAGAAUGUUGAAUCACAGGAUCAGCCUAAAUUGGAGCCAUUUUAUGUUGAGCGAUAUUCCUGGAGUCAGCUUAAAAAGCUCCUUGCUGAUACCAGAAAAUAUCAUGGCUACAUGAUGGCUAAGGCACCUCAUGAUUUUAUGUUUGUAAAGAGGAAUGAUCCAGAUGGGCCGCAUUCAGACAGAAUCUAUUACCUUGCUAUGUCUGGUGAGAACAGAGAAAAUACACUCUUUUAUUCUGAAAUUCCCAAAACCAUCAACAGAGCAGCAGUCUUAAUGCUCUCUUGGAAGCCUCUUUUGGAUCUUUUUCAGGCCACACUGGACUAUGGAAUGUACUCUCGAGAAGAAGAACUAUUAAGAGAAAGAAAACGCAUUGGAACAGUUGGAAUUGCUUCUUACGAUUAUCACCAAGGAAGUGGAACAUUUCUGUUUCAAGCUGGCAGUGGAAUUUAUCAUGUAAAAGAUGGAGGGCCGCAAGGAUUUACUCAACAACCCUUACGGCCCAAUUUAGUGGAGACUAGUUGUCCCAACAUUCGGAUGGAUCCAAAAUUAUGCCCGGCUGAUCCAGACUGGAUCGCUUUUAUACAUAGCAAUGAUAUUUGGAUAUCCAACAUUGUAACGAGAGAAGAAAGGAGGCUCACCUAUGUACACAAUGAGCUAGCCAACAUGGAGGAGGAUCCCAGGUCAGCCGGAGUUGCUACCUUUGUUCUUCAAGAAGAAUUUGAUAGAUAUUCUGGCUAUUGGUGGUGUCCAGAGGCUGAAACAACUCCCAGUGGCAGCAAAAUUCUUAGAAUUCUGUAUGAAGAAAACGAUGAAUCUGAGGUGGAAAUUAUUCAUGUUACAUCACCUAUGUUGGAAACAAGGAGGGCAGAUUCAUUCCGUUAUCCUAAAACAGGCACAGCAAAUCCAAAAGUCACUUUUAAGAUGUCGGAGAUGUUGAUUGAUACUGAAGGAAGGAUUAUAGAUGUCAUAGAUAAGGAGCUAAUUCAGCCUUUUGAGAUUCUGUUUGAAGGAGCUGAAUAUAUUGCCAGAGCUGGAUGGACUCCAGAGGGAAAAUAUGCUUGGGCCAUCCUGCUCGAUCGCUCCCAGACUCGCCUGCAGAUAGUGUUGAUCUCACCUGAGUUAUUUAUCCCAGUAGAAGAUGAUGCCAUGGAAAGGCAGAGACUCAUUGAGUCAGUGCCUGACUCUGUGACGCCACUUAUUAUCUAUGAAGAAACAACAGACAUCUGGAUAAAUAUCCAUGACAUCUUUCAUGUUUUUCCCCAAAGUCAUGAAGAUGAAAUUGAAUUUAUUUUUGCCUCUGAAUGCAAAACAGGUUUCCGUCAUUUAUAUAAAAUCACAUCCAUUUUAAAGGAGAGCAAAUAUAAACGAUCCAGUGGUGGGCUGCCUGCCCCAAGUGAUUUCAAAUGUCCUGUCAAAGAGGAAAUAGCAAUUACCAGUGGUGAAUGGGAAGUUCUUGGCCGACAUGGAUCUAAUAUCCAGGUUGAUGAAGUCAGAAAGCUGGUAUAUUUUGAAGGCACCAAAGACUCUCCUUUAGAACAUCACCUGUAUGUGGUCAGUUAUGUAAAUCCUGGAGAGGUGACAAGGCUGACUGACCGUGGCUAUUCCCACUCCUGCUGCAUCAGCCGGCAUUGUGACUUCUUUAUAAGUAAGUACAGUAACCAGAAGAAUCCACACUGUGUAUCCCUUUACAAGCUAUCAAGUUCUGAAGACGACCCAGCUUCCAAAACAAAGGAAUUUUGGGCCACCAUUUUGGAUUCAGCAGGUCCUCUUCCUGACUAUACCCCUCCAGAAAUUUUCUCUUUUGAAAGCACUACUGGAUUUACAUUGUAUGGGAUGCUGUACAAACCUCAUGAUCUUCAACCUGGAAAGAAAUACCCCACUGUGCUGUUUAUAUAUGGUGGUCCUCAGGUGCAGCUGGUGAAUAAUCGGUUUAAAGGAAUCAAGUAUUUCCGCUUGAAUACCCUAGCCUCUCUGGGUUAUGUGGUAGUAGUGAUAGACAACAGGGGAUCCUGUCACCGAGGGCUUAAAUUUGAAGGCGCCUUUAAAUAUAAAAUGGGUCAAAUAGAAAUUGACGAUCAGGUGGAAGGACUCCAAUAUCUAGCCUCUCAAUAUGAUUUCAUUGACUUAGAUCGUGUGGGCAUCCACGGCUGGUCCUAUGGAGGAUACCUGUCCCUGAUGGCACUCAUGCAGAGGUCAGAUAUCUUCAGGGUUGCCAUUGCUGGGGCCCCAGUCACUCUGUGGAUCUUCUAUGAUACAGGCUACACGGAACGUUAUAUGGGUCACCCUGACCAGAAUGAACAAGGCUAUUACUUAGGCUCUGUGGCCAUGCAGGCAGAAAAGUUCCCCUCUGAACCAAAUCGUUUACUCCUCUUACAUGGGUUCUUGGAUGAGAAUGUCCAUUUUGCACACACCAGUAUAUUACUGAGUUUUUUAGUGAGGGCUGGAAAGCCAUAUGAUUUACAGAUCUAUCCUCAGGAGAGACAUAGCAUAAGAGUUCCUGAGUCGGGAGAACAUUAUGAACUGUAUCUUUUGCACUACCUUCAAGAAAACCUUGGAUCACGUAUUGCUGCUCUGAAAGUGAUAUAAUUUUGACCUGUGCAGAACUUGGUAUACACUGGCUGUUUAACCAAAUGAGGAGGUUUAGUCAAUAGAGAAUAUAGAAUUGGUCAUCACAUUUUGAUACCUGCCACAUAGCAUCUACUUCCGAGAGUAUACUUGGUGCCAUGCAGGUGUUUACAGCUCAUGGACAGUAAUCUAAUACCGUAACCUAAAGUAAUCUCAUACACACGCAAAAUUGAAUGACAUAUUUUUAAGGGACCGAGCAAUACCAUGAGAAUUACUGAAGAAAAUAAGACAUUAGCUCCAUGUAUCCAUACUACCUUACUUUCAUUUUUAAUAGCAUUAUAAACCUCAUGGACUUAGUGUAUUUUUACAGUAUACUUCUGAGUUUGUUCAAAUACGAUGAUAUUAGUGAUCGGUUUGGUUCAAUUCCAGAAUCUCUGACUAGUUACAGAUUUGAUAGCACUUAAAUAUAAUUGAAUAGCUUAUACUUCAUUGCUUGGGGUAUAUCCAGCACGUUAUGAACUAAUCACCAUUAAACCUACGGCUUAACCAGUCAUUAAUGAUUUUUCAAGGAUAACUUAGUGGCCUCCUAAAGACACUUAUUUCAUUCAAAGUCUGACCAGUUUUUAGCCAAUUUAAACUGUGUCUAGUAUAAAUACUUCUCUAUGAUGAUAUGACCGAGUGGAUUUUUCCUUUCACAUAAAGGCAAGUGAACUGUAUAUGUAGCAUGGAUUUAAUUAGUCUUAUAACAUUGAUAAUUAACAGGCAGGAGAAUUUUAAUCAAAUGAUUAGAGCUUAAAUAUAUGCAGGCAAUGUCUUUCCCUUUAGGAAAAGAAAAAAAGUACACAUUCACUUGUAUUCUUCGGAAAACUUAGUGGUGCCAGUUUCCAUUGGGUGUUUCCUCAUUAAAAUGUUUCAGAGUAUUAGGGCAAUAGAAGGGAAUUUCGGUGGAGCGGGGGAGACCAGGGCAUGGAGAGCAAGAGAAGACCAAGGUCUGCUGAAAACCUAGGCAGCGGUACAGUAUGACCAAAAAUACUCACGGAAAAGUUUCAGAAUUGGAAUUUAAACUCCUAGACUGUUAGUUAAGGAAACCAGAAUUAAGAAAUCACGCUCUUGCCAACACAGUUACAGACUAACAUUAGUCACGGGAGGAAAGGUUCCUUAGAGUUACUUUGAUAAUUCUAGUUUUUUGUUAUUUUCUUCUUAAUUUUGGAAACCUUACAAAUUUAAACUUUCUUUAAACUUUUUAAAUUACUUGAGCAUUACUUAGAAAUUGUGAGCUUAAAAUAAAGAGGUUUCCAGACAACCUCUUUACCAUAAACCGAUCCCCAGCAAGCCAUGGCCCUCUUUUUCAGUGUUCCAAGCUUAUAAGCGACUUCUUGAAUGGCCAUGACAUUUUCCUGGCUUGGCCCCAGCACUUGACUAUUAAGGGAGCUCAUAGUGCUGAUCGGUGCUGAUUGGGAUCUACCGUCUUAGACUCUUAGGGUGCUAGAUGGGUCACAUCGGAGCUAGUGGCAGAGAAGCCAUGUCCCUUUUUAGCCCAAGUCUCGGUGUUUGGAAAGUUGUUACCAGUACUUUCAAAAAAAAAAAAUUAUUCCUUUCCUUUCUCACCACUACAAAGAGAGUAGAUUUCUCCCCGAGAGAGCACAGCCGCCAUCAGUGAGGGUGGUGACUGUGCGUCAGAGGUGGCCUUCGUCACUGAAGGCCGCACGGGAGCUGGGGGAAGUCCAGAGAUGGCAGGGUGGCCUGGCGGUUCUGCCCAUGGAAAGGGAUCGAGCUUCUGUUUUUGUAUUUAUACUGUAUGAUAGGUACCACACUUUUCCUUAUGUCUGUAUAUGUAUUGAUUUUCUUGUUUAUGAUAUUUUCCCAUGCCAAGAUUUGUUUAUAUUUUUUUCAAUGUUAAAUUAAAUUGAUUUGGGUAACUCUUCUUCCCCAAGAAAGUAUUUUCCCCCAAUGACUUAACUAUGUAUCUGAUUACUGAAGACAGCUUUUGUUUGUGGACUAGUUGGCCUCCAGGGAUCCACCCUUAUGUAAUAUGCAAAGUAGAAAUGGUGUACAGACAGCUACUCAUUUGAAACCUCUUAUCCAAUAAGGUGUUUCUUCAAAAUGGCAUCUUGUACCAAAACAAACCUUAGAGAACCUCAUGGACUCUUGAAAUUCACAGAUGUUUUCCUUUUGCAUCUUGCCUUCUGCUUCCCUUCUAUCACAAGAAAUAUAGUUCCCAGUCACUUAAAUGCCGUUCUCCUUCCAUAGGGGGAAAAAAAUACCUGACUGAAUUCACUUGCAGAAAGACAGCUCGACUGAAUUUGAUUUUUAAAAUCAGUGUGAAACACAUCAUAGUCAAUUAAAGCACUCAGUAGAAAUCUCACUAAAACUAUUUAUGGGUAACAACUUAAAAGGCAAGAGUAUGUAAAAGUAGCAACGUUUUUAGUGAGAACCAAAAAGCACUAGGUUAAACAUUGUAGGAGGUUUUGCAGACCUGGUAAAUCAGUGCCCUUGAACAACCAUCAACAGGUUUGAUUCUUUAUGUGUUGUUGAGCAGUGGGACUCGACGUCUAAGAUUCAUCUGAGACGCUCAUGAAAAGAGAUGCAGUCUUGAACAUCACUCUUAGAAAUCUGGAUUUGGUUGAUUUGAGAGGAGAUUAGGAAUCUGCAUUUCAAACAAGCCUUCCAGAUGAUUCUAAAGCCAGUUACUUGUGGGCUACCUUAAGAAACUCUUCUAUAGAGAAUGAGCUGGAUUGAAAAAAUAACAGGUGAUUUUUUUUCCACUGAACUGAUUUAUUAGAACCUAAAAUAAUAGUCAAGGUAGCUGCUCAUCUGUGAUAAACAUUGGCCCUUUUUUCACUCUGAAAAAAAAAGUUAAUGAAGGGAUCAUUAACUGUAUAUCCCCUUUGGAGAUUAAUUUUGGAAUGAAGGUUUUUCCCUCUAUGCCAUUCCUGGCUGGUUUCCAAAGCCUCAUACACGAGGAUGAAGUCACAAUGCAUGCAUUACCUUUUAAAAGAAUGAGAUCUAGAUAUUGAUGCUUCCUUUUUUUUUUACUACGUGUUUAAUUUCUUAGAGAAGGUGUAUCUGACUUCUCUGUAAUGCUGUCCUCUCUGUAGGUGGAAUGAUUCCUAUAAUAUCUCUCAUUAUUAUAGAACCAAAUUUUCAAGUUGUUCUAUCUUUGAUAUAAUCUAACGUUCCCAUUUUUCAGAGGAGGAACCCACGUAUAGAGAGAGGAGAAAAUGCACCCGUGGCCACACAUCCAGUUAGUGUUCGUUUGGUACUAGACUCCAUCCAGCUAUCCUGACUCAUGGUAGUUAAAUGAUAUGUAGAAAGGGCAAAUUUUUAAAGAAGUAUUUAUUAAUAUAUUCCUAUGAAACAUUUUAAAGAUAACAUAAAAUGGUUAAUUUUUCCAUUCUAAAGUAAAUGCUAAGCAUGCUUAUUAAUGAAGCAGUACUUCUAAUUAGUAUAUGACAUUCUGAAGUUAAUUAAAAUUGUUAUACUGAAUGUGUCUUCCUUGGUGUGGUCGGGGACUGGGGGAUCGGGAUGUAGUGUAGAGUGUUUGCUUAAGCCCGGGAGCCCAAAUUAUAGCAAGUUAAAUUAAGAAAAGAAUCAUGGCCAUAUCUAAACUCAGACAUGAAAGGUGAGUGUCGAUUCCCGGCAGACACAAAGGAAUAAUGAAACUGUCCUGACUCCCACCUUCCCAGCCCCACCCAGCCUCACCUGUUCAUCAUGCAGCCUAAAAUAUGGAGACAUAGUUAGUGCCAGGUGCUGGCUCCUGCUUUUCUGAUUUUGUCAAGAGACAGCUCUGGGUAACCAUUUGAGAAGUCCCUCACAGACAGCGAGGAAAAGUAGUGUUUAUAUGUUUGUUUUUAAAUAACCCAAAUACAAAUUUAUGUUGUAUCCAGCACAAUUGGAGUUCAGGUCUUUAAUUUUAGAACAUUAAGUGCCUGCUGUUUUAAGCAUUGACAUGUAUAAAGAGAAUUGCAUGUCUCACUCCAGUAAGUUUAUGGGUUUUCUCAUUUUCGGCUACAUGGCUUUUAAUCAUGUAAAGUGAAACGUUAGUUUUGUUGCUUUUUAUUACAGGUUCUUUGUUGCAAUAAAGAUGCUGCUAAAAUUAA